CUCCGCUCCCCGUGGGCCCCGUGCGCCGCGUGCGGCUGGCUCCCGCCCCGCCGCGCACGUCUGCUCGUUGGCGGACGCGCGCGCCUGGCGGGGUGAGCCCGAGCCCCGGAGGCCCCGAGCGAGCGGCGAUUGGCUGACGUGGUGGCUGCGCGUGGGGCCUGAGAAACUCGGGGCGAGCGCGCAGAGUCGGGUCCCGGGGCGGGGCCGGCGCAUCGCAGUUUUACCUCAAGACUAGUUGGAGACCUGUUUGAGACUUCUCGGAACUGUCCUUCUUGUUCCUGCUUUCUCCCAUCCCUUUAAAGCUGAGGAACAAGAGAGAGCUAAUCCAAAAGUAAAUGAGGAACUUAGAAAAAGAUUGCCAACUCCAGAUCAACAUAUUUAGAGAAAAUUGGAAAAGGAGAAGCUGACUACAGCUUUAUUUGAGGACUUUUUAAAGAACGCAGAGUUCUAGCUGUGAGCUUCAAAUCUUGGAGGAAAAAUCAGAGACUUUGCCAGAGCAAACAAGAAGAGAAGUACCAAUGGAGGACCGGUCAGACGGCAAGGACUUUUCAGAUACAGCCCAUAGUUAUCUUGAACAAGAGGCUACAGGGAGAAAUAAAAGUCCACAGCCAGAUGGGCAGCUGACUGUGAAUUCUGAGGGACGCAUGGAUCAGAAAUCCAAUGAAUUAGUUAAUGAAGCUACACGUGAGGACACAGAACUGCCAGAGCAGAGACCCAGGCAUUUUCAGGCCACCAGCCCUUGUCCGGGCGAUGAGACAGCUUACUGCACUACUGAAAAACCCAACAUUAUGGAACAUAGAAGUAAUGACUUGCAUUAUGAACAUAUGAUUCCUUGUCAAGUUACUUCAGACUUAAACAAAGAGAAGACAAUAGCAUUUCUUCUAAAAGAAUUGGACAUUCUCAGAGCAAGCAAUAAAAAGCUUCAAGAAAAACUGACUAAAGAAGAUAAAGAACAGAGAAAACUAAAGCUCAAGCUGGAACUUCAAGAGAAAGCAACAGAAGCUCAGAUUGCCGAAAAGACAGCAGCUCUGGUUGAAGAAGUAUAUUUUGCACAGAAGGAACGUGAUGAAGCUAUUAUGUCUCGACUGCAAUUAGCCAAUGAGGAGAGAGAUGAAGCAAUUGCACGAGCCAAGCAUUUGGAAAUGUCUCUAAAAGUGCUAGAAAAUAUUAACCCUGAAGAAAAUGACAUGACAUUACAGGAAUUACUGAACAGAAUAAACAAUGCAGACACAGGGAUAGCUAUUCAGAAGAAUGGAGCUGUAAUUGUGGAUAGAAUCUACAAGACCAAGGAAUGUAAAAAGAGAAUAACUGCCGAAGAAAUGAAUGCCGUGAUGGAGGAGCGUGACGCUGCUUUGUCUCAGUGCAAACGGCUGGAGCAGGAGCUUCAUCAUCUGAAAGAGCAGAACCAGACUUCAGCAAACAACAUGAGACAUCUGACUGCUGAAAACAAUCAAGAACGUGCUCUGAAGGCAAAGUUGGUAGCUAUGCAACAAGCCAGGGAAACUGCAGUUCAACAGUACAAACAACUGGAAGAAGAAAUCCAGACACUUCGGGUUUACUACAGUUUGCACAAAUCCUUAUCCCAAGAAGAAAAUCUGAAGGAUCAGUUUAAGCAUACCCUUAGCACCUACGAAAAAGCUUUAAAAAAUAGAGAGAACGUUGUUUCCAUCACUCAGCAACAAAAUGAGGAACUGGCUGCCCAACUGCAGCGAGCUCUGACGGAGCGAGCAAGCAUGGAGUUAGAGCUGCGGCGUGCCACGGAGGCCUCCCGGGCGGCCGGGGACAGGGCUCAGAAGUUGGAAAGGCUGGUGGACGUCCUGAGGAAGAAGGUUGGAACAGGGACCAUGAGGACAGUGAUCUGACUGAGGGAACGACAGUCUGGGGAAGCAGUCACAUCUGGUGACCAGGCUGCUUCAUUCAAUGCUGUGUAAACACUGAAGCCUUAACUUAGCAAACAGUUGUUAGAAGUGGGACACUCCAGCCACAUUCCAAGCCGAGAUAAAAUCAAAUCACAAAUGUUUAACCACUUUGCUGCUGACCUGAGUUAUUAUCCGAAUGUAUUAACUACAGACUUUUACCAAUGGGUGGCUAUAAAGUUGCAGCUUAUUUUUUAACUAUUUUAUAUCUCACUGUGUUCAAUGUAAGGUUUUUUACUGAGAGACUGUUAUGGAAGCAUAGUAAAGUUGGUCAGGAUCAUAUCUUCACAUUUGGUCCUUUCUGAACCAAAAUGCAGCAAAGUAAAUAUUGUCUAAACCUUAAUCCACUGUGUUAGGUCAAAACUUCAAAUACAUGCAUUUUUCAAUAUAGAUCUUAUUUCUUAACUGAUGAGAGAAGCUCAGAUAUAAGAAUAUGUAGUCUUCCUUCAAUGAAUGCGUGUAAUCUUUGUUAGAAUUAAAGAAUAUUAAGUAUACAUACUAAGAAUUAAAUGUAUAAUUUGCUUUUGUAAGAGUUUGGUACAUUAAAAUUACGUUAAUCAAGGUAUGAUUUUUGUUUCACUACAAAUAAUGCAGAGUAUUUUCAAUAAAAAGAGAAUGUCGUUAAUGUGUA